GGUUAACUGUGAGCUCAAUUGAAUCGCGAAAGUGUUGUAAACAAACGAUUGAAUGUUUGCAUUGAAUUGAAUACAGGAUUUAUUAAUAGAUAAUUUGCAUUGAAUUCAGUGUUUAAUUCAUUCAUAAAUCACUCGAUAGUAGACAAGAGUUGUUGUGUUUAUUUGUGGCGUUAAUCGCAAAGCAUUUGUUAUAAUAAUAGCAAAUUAUAGGCGUCGACCGAAACACCACUCGAGCCCACAGAUAAGUCUUCAUUUAUCUGAUCCAAUGGCUGCCAAUAGCCCACAAAUCACUGCCUCUGCUGUUGGCGUCGCCGACGACCACACGAAGGAGUCGUCCGACGAGACGAUGAGUUCGCCGAUCUCUUCGUCACAACUGUCACGACUCGUACCGCAGAGGAGAUCCAAUCAAUGGAUCAAAUUGAAUGUCGGCGGCACUCAAUUCAUGACAACUAGAAUCACGUUAUGCAGAGAUCAACACUCAUUCCUCUACAGACUCUGUCAAGAAGAUCACGACCUCAAUAGCGAUAAAGACGACUCGGGAGCGUAUCUAAUAGAUAGGGAUCCGUCAUAUUUCGGGCCAAUCCUUAAUUACUUACGACACGGAAAGCUCAUCAUUGAUAAGCAUUUAUCAGAAGAAGGAGUGUUAGAAGAGGCGGAGUUUUAUAACAUAACGGAAUUAAUAAAGCUAUUAAAGCAACGAAUCGCCGAUCGGAACAACAAUAAGAAAGUGGACAACAGUCGCAAACAUGUGUACCGAGUGUUGCAAUGCCAUGAAGACGAGGUGACACACGUGGUCUCCACACUGUCCGACGGCUGGAAGUUCGAGCAAUUGAUUAAUAUUGGCUCCAAUUAUAACUAUGAAGAACAGGCGGAGUUCCUCUGCGUUGUGUCACGCGAUUACCCCAACUCUUUGUCCACCGCUAGACUCGACUCCACCGACAGAGCAAAGUUGAUUCAACAGAAAGCAGCGAAUAUGUGAAUUCCAAAGACACGACUAUUCCAUCCAUACGUUUGAAAGGAUCCGUCAUUUGAUUGAAUGAAUUACACUAAUUGUGAUGUCAGUAGUAGUCGAGCGAUGUUUUUAUUAUCGAUAUUUAAUACCUUUCACAUGAAUUCAGAAAUUUUAAAUCAAUUGUAAAGCAAUUUGUUUUUAAAUACCAAUUGUAUACUCAUUUAGAACUUAUAUUAAGCAUUCAUUUAAAUUAAUUAUAAAUUAUGUAUUAUUAUUAUAAAGUUAUUAUUAAAAAUAAUAAAAUUCAACACACGUUUGAGUCACUGAAAUAAAAAACA